CUGAAAACAACCGUCUCUCUCUCUAGAUAUCUAUAUAUAUUAAUAUCUUUUACUUCACGCAAAGAUAUCUUCUCAGAUCCUCAGCCUUUCUUAGGAAUAGGAUAUCAUCCUCGAGUCUUCUAAUCGUCUCCGUUUCCUGGUAUUUGCUUAUCUGUUUUUCAUCGAAGUGGGAAAAAAAAUAAAAUAAAAGGGAUUCUAUUUUGAUGAUGAACGGUUUACCAGAGCAGUUACUUUGGGAGAUCAUGGACAGAAUUAAGAAAAGCACUGAUAGAAACACCAUUUCUUUGUCUUGUAAGCGCUUUCACAAUUUGGAUAAUGAACAGAGACAAUCCCUUCGCGUUGGUUGUGGAUUAGACCCUGCAAAUGAAGCUUUAACUUUACUUUGCACUAGGUUUCCCAACUUGACAAAAGUGGAGAUAAUCUACUCUGGUUGGAUGUCCAAACUCGGAAAACAAUUGGAUGAUCAGGGGCUUUCAGUUCUCUCCACUUACUGCCCUUCUCUCACUGAUCUCACCUUGAGCUACUGCACAUUCAUCACUGAUGUGGGCCUUUGUUACUUGUCUUCCUGUUCUAGACUUUCGGCCUUUAAGUUGAAUUUCACCCCAAGAAUCACUGGCUGCGGUAUAUUAUCCCUUGUUGUUGGCUGCAAAAACUUGAGUGUUCUUCACCUUAUCCGUUGCUUGAAUAUUAGCAGUGUUGAGUGGCUGGAGUACCUUGGCAAGCUCGAAACGCUCGAAGAUCUCUCAAUCAAGAAUUGCAGAGCUAUUGGGGAGGGAGAUUUGAUUAAGUUAGGUCAGAGUUGGAGAAAAAUAAAACGGUUGCAAUUUGAGGUGGAUGCUAAUUAUAGAUACAUGGAAGUGUAUGACCGUCUAGCUGUGGAUAGAUGGCAAAAGCAGUGGGUGCCUUGUGAGAAUAUGCAAGAGCUUAGUUUGGUAAACUGCAUAAUAAGCCCAGGUAGAGGACUUGCUUGUGUGUUGGGGAAAUGCAAGAACUUGGAGAAGAUUCACUUGGACAUGUGUGUUGGAGUAAGGGACUGUGACAUUAUAGGCUUAGCCCAGAAAUCAAGAAACCUUCGGUCUCUAUCCUUUCGUGUUCCUUCAGACUUCUCCCUUCCUCUAUUCCUCGACAACCCUUUGAGGUUAACAGAUCAAUGCCUAAAAGCCGUGGCUCAAAACUGCUCGAUGCUUGAAUCUGUCAAGAUAUCUUAUUCUGAUGGGGAGUUCCCAUCAUUCUCCUCAUUUACUGUAGAUGGGAUUCUUGCUCUGAUUCAAAAUUGCCCUCUGAAGGAACUCUCUUUUGACCAAGUGUAUUCGUUCAAUGACAUUGGAAUGCAGGCACUUUGCUUGGCUCAGUAUUUGGAAACCUUAGAGCUGGUUAGAUGUCAACAGAUUAGUGAUGAAGGACUUCAGCUUGUGAGCCAGUUUUCCCGGUUGCGGAUAUUGCGUUUAAGCAAGUGUCUGGGGAUAACGAAUGAUGGGUUGAAGCCGCUUAUGGGUGCUUACAAAUUGGAACUGUUGGCUGUUGAAGAUUGUCCGCAAAUUUCUGAGAGGUGUAUGGUGGGAGCUGCAAGAUCCAUAUCUUUCAGGCAAGACUUGUCCUGGAUGUACUAAGAUCCUUACAAUGCUUAUAUGCAUGAAUCCUUGAUUAUUGAUUUGUAUUUUGUCUUAAUGUAUAGAUGCGUUCUCAUAAUAAUCCAAUUUGUUUUAAAUACUGUGUAAUGGUUUUUUUUUUCCCUUUGCGUAUAGCUUUGCUUGUCACGUUAUU